AUGUCGAUCUCGGCCCUGGACUCACGCAUCUUUCGAAACCUCUUCGGCACCGAAGAGAUUCGCGACAUCUUCACCGACGAAGCAUAUGUGAAGUUCCUCGUCCAAACUGAGGCCGCUUUGGCUCGCGCGGAGUCGGAAGUUGGUGCUAUCCCCGCGGACGUCGGAGAUGCGAUCACGAAGGUGCUGGGAAAUGUCAAGCUCGAUUUCGAUAGACUUGCGCGAGAAACGGAAAUCGUUGGGUACCCUGUUCUCCCGUUGGUGAUGCAAUUGGUGGAGAACACGCCCGAGGAGAUCGCGAAGUAUAUCCACUGGGGUGCCACGACUCAGGAUAUCAUGGACGACGCGAGUAUUCUUCAGAUCAAGAAGGGUGUGCAGUUAGUGAAGCGGGACCUUGACACAUUGAUUGGCAUCUUGCAGACAUUGUCUGAAAAGCAUCGUGAUACCCCCAUGGCUGGUCGUACCCACUUGCAACAUGCUCUUCCCUGUACGUUCGGGUACAAGUGCGCCGUAUAUCUCUCCAGCAUCAUCAGACAUCGUGAACGGCUAUCCGAGAUCGAGCAAAGGUGCUUCUUGGUGCAAUUCGGCGGCGCGGCAGGAACUCUCGCUUCCUUGGGUAGCGACGACACUGGUAUUCGCGUGCGCGCACAGUUAGCGAGGGAGCUGGACCUGCAGGAUCCGAUGAUAACGUGGCAUGUGGCGCGCGAUAACAUCGCGGAGAUUCUCAACUUUCUUGCACUCAUUGGUGGCACACUCGGCAAGAUUGCUCUGGAUAUUAUUGUCAUGUCGUCGAACGAACUAGAUGAGGUGUCGGAGCCUUUCGUACCUCAUCGCGGUGCAUCAUCGACCAUGCCACAGAAGCGAAACCCGAUUUCAAGUGAGGUCAUUUUGGCGGCUUCUAAGCUGCUGCGGGCUAAUGCGUCCUUGGGACUGGAUUCGAUGGUUGUCGAUUUUGAGCGUGCGUCGGGACCGUGGCAUCUGGAGUGGGUUGCCAUUCCCGAGUCAUUCACGUACGUGGUGGGAGCUUUGCAUCAGACGAACUUCGCCUUGCAAGGGCUCUGUGUGAAGGAGGGCUCCAUGAAAAGGAACCUUCAUUCGACUGGAGGUUUGAUUGUUGGUGAGGCUGUCAUGAUGGGCCUGGCACCGUUUGUUGGCCGACAGCGGGCACAUGAUGUGGUGUAUGAGGCUUGCAAGUCGGCUAUUGAACACAACAAGAUCCUGCUGGAUGUCCUGAAGGAAAACGCAGAGGUUACAGUGCAUUUGGAUGAACAGAGAUUGGCGCAGCUGUGUGAUCCCUUGAACUAUCUGGGUUCGGGUCAGUUGAUGGUGGAUGAUGUUCUGAAAAGGGCCACGGGGCUCAAGGCAUCUUUGAAUUAG